GCUCUAUGUGGGAAAGCCUUCAGUAAAUGUUUUAACCUUAGACAACAUGAGAGAACUCACAGUGGAGAGAAACCAUAUGAAUGUCAUCUGUGUGGAAAAGCCUUCUCUCAAUGUUCUCACCUUAAACAACAUGAGAGGAGUCACAAUGGAGAGAAACCACACGGAUGUCAUUUUUGUGGAAAAGCCUUCACUGAAUCUUCUGUGCUUAAACGACAUGAGAGAACUCACACUGGAGAAAAACCAUACAACUGUCAUGUAUGUGGCAAAGCCUUCACGGAAUCUUCUGACCUUAGACGACACAAGAGAACUCACACUGGAGAGAAACCGUAUGAAUGCCAUCUGUGUGGAAAAGCCUUCAAUCACUCUUCUGUCCUUAGACGACAUGAGAGAACACACACUGGAGAGAAACCAUAUGAAUGCAAUAUAUGUGGUAAAGCCUUCAAUAGAAGUUAUAAUUUUAGACUUCAUAAGAGAGUUCACACUGGAGAGAAACCAUAUAAAUGUGCUCUAUGUGGGAAAGCCUUCAGUAAAUGUUUUAACCUUAGACAACAUGAGAGAACUCACAGUGGAGAGAAACCAUAUGAAUGUCAUCUGUGUGGAAAAGCCUUCUCUCAAUGUUCUCACCUUAAACAACAUGAGAGGAGUCACAAUGGAGAGAAACCACACGGAUGUCAUUUUUGUGGAAAAGCCUUCACUGAAUCUUCUGUGCUUAAACGACAUGAGAGAACUCACACUGGAGAAAAACCAUACAACUGUCAUGUAUGUGGCAAAGCCUUCACGGAAUCUUCUGACCUUAGACGACACAAGAGAACUCACACUGGAGAGAAACCGUAUGAAUGCCAUCUGUGUGGAAAAGCCUUCAAUCACUCUUCUGUCCUUAGACGACAUGAGAGAACACACACUGGAGAGAAACCAUAUGAAUGCAAUAUAUGUGGUAAAGCCUUCAAUAGAAGUUAUAAUUUUAGACUUCAUAAGAGAGUUCACACUGGAGAGAAACCAUAUAAAUGUGCUCUAUGUGGGAAAGCCUUCAGUAAAUGUUUUAACCUUAGACAACAUGAGAGAACUCACACUAUAAAGACAAUAAAUGUGGACGAUUCUUCAGACAUAGCUUCAACCCCUAAAUACACUAGAGGACUAACACAUUGAAGAAACAUUAUGUCUGUAAUUGUGGAAGAAGCUUUAGCCAUCAUUACUGCUUCACUCAACCUAAGUUAGUUUAAGAUGGAGAGAUUCCAUAUGUAUUUUAUCUAUGUGGCUCAAACUGUAGACAUUGGACUGAUCAUGUACAGCAUGAGAGAACUCACACUAUAAAUCAAAUGAAUAUGGAAGAAUCUUUAUCCACAGCUCUGUUUAACAAAAGGGGGGAAGCACAUCUCAGAGAAAUUCUGUGCUUGUCAACAAUGUGGAAAUAACCUCAUUUAUAAUUCAUCCUUUAAAGAAUUGAAUAAAAUCCACAAGAGAAGAACCCUAACUGCAAUUGCUGUACACUCUUAUUUAGCUAAACACCAGUCUUGGUAUGCACAAGAAAAUUCAGCGUGGGGUAACUGCUCAAACAGUAAAUAAGUGAAAAUAUUUGUUGCUAGGUAGAUGAAGCCUCUUGGACAAUUCCAGAUAUUCAUAGUGGAGAAGUUAUUCAAUGAGAAAUUGUUUUAUUAAUAGAGUAACACUUAUAUAUUAGGCCAGGAUUCACAUGGUAUAAAACACUCCCAAUGUCAUGAAUGAAGGAAACUCUUCAGUUAUUACUUAUUCCUUAGUUAAUAGCAGUAUUUGGCCACUGAGGAGAAAACAGUCUGAUACAAAAGUGGAAAAGCCUUCAUGUAGAUUUCAUGUCUGAAAAGUCAAACUGUAAGAAAAAUUUAAAAAGCCAUUAAGCAUAUGAUUUUGCAAAAAAUUGGAAUUUUGACCAAAGAUUUGUUGUUGAAAACAUGUAGGAUAAAAUGUAAAAUUCUGAAGUGAUCUGGGAGUAUUGAAUGCAGAAUUUUGUAAUAAGUAACAAAGAUUAAACACAAUUAGUAGUGGCAGAAAUGCAGGUAGUAAGUGCUGUUGCUGAAUAAUCUAAUGUUAUCUAAUGUUGGUAAAAUUCUAGGCUUUUUAUACAGUUUUAAACACAUAAAUUGGGGCCAAUUAGAAAAUAACAUUGAAUAGAACUGAUACAUGUAGAACACAAAAAUUAUAUGUCCUAACUAUAAUAUUAGUGGUAUAUGUGUACAUGGCAAUGAUAAAAUGAAACAUCGAUUAUUAAACACACACUUAACAGGUAAAAUGUCAUGGUACAUAACUUUGCCUCCUUUAUUUAGAAACCACUUUAUUGAAGUGUAAUUGACAGUACAAGAACGUAUACAUGUUUAAUGUGUACAACUUAGAGAUACAUUUACACUCAUGAAAUCAUAUAUGCCAUCUAAGCCAUAAACACAUUUAUCCCCUCCAAAGGUUUUGUCCUUUGCUCUUUUCAUUAUUUUUUCUUUGUGAUAAAAAUACUUACAUAAGGUCAACCAUCAUAGCAAAUUUUUAAGUAAAUAUUACAGUGUUAAAUAUAGGCAGUAUGUUGUAAAAUUUACCUCCUUUUAAAAUUUAAUACUGCAAAAUAUUUAAAGUAAUUGGAAAUGAAUCUAUUCAAAUAAAAAUUGGCAGUCCUUUGUAAUUGUGGGUACAUUAGUGUGAACAUUUCCCAGAAAUCAGAAUCAGAGUGUCAUUCUGUGCAAUAGAAUUUUGUUGCCAAGGGCUUUUUUCUAAAACAAAUGAGGACAUGGAAGAAGAGUGGAGACAUUUGGAGUAUCCUAUUUUCAGGAUGCCUUAUAUACUUACACUAAUUUAUGUAAUAAAAAAAAGCACUGACCCUUCUAGGGACAGGCAGAAUACUGUUUAGCAAAGGUGGCAGAAUAGAAAGGAGCCAUGACAAUCUGAUCUUGCACAUAUUUUCCAGUGACAAUGACCAUGAAUCUACAAAUCACCAACUAGAAAUGAGUCUCUCGAGUCCCAGCCCCUCCAUACAUGCAGAGGCUGAGAAAUAAAGUUGGAGCUUCUCUACCAGAAUGACAAGAGAAGGCUCCGUUCUUGGGUACACAUUUGGAAAUUAUUAAUAUCCCUGUUUCAAACAUGGGAAAACAGAACAUAGAUGCUUAUAAUUAAUCUAGCCCAUGUUUUUCUGAGGGAUAUGCAACACCCUCCUCAAAUAUUUCUGUGCUCUAGUUUGUAUAUUUUAUGUGGCUGCUUUUAUAAGUUUGCAAAUGUUUUCUAUGUGUAAUGUUUGUUAAACACCUCCACCCAUGGACCAUAGCUUGUCAAACUCAGCACUUGUGCACUUCUUUAUCUUUUCAGUCACUUCUUACUAUUUUCUCUAUUUUGCACUACAUACUUACAGUUACUAUAAAUUACUUUUCUCCUGA